CUCUUAAGCCUGCCCUAGCACUCACCACGCUCUAGCCCUGGGAGGGAAAUCUCUCCCCGCGGGGCCCGCGCACCCCACUUCUCCGUAAGCGGGUCUGUGUAUCUCAGUCCUCUUGAGUCGGGAGGGAGACCCAGGGAGGACGCGCGCCCCUGCCACGGGGCCUUGCGUGCGGCGCGGAGGGGGGGUAGGCGGCCCGCCCCCGCCGUCCCUUUGAUCCGUUAGUGCGCCCACUCCCCGGUCCGGCUGCGCCCCUCCUCCCAGCUCGGCCCGGGUCUCCAGCCAGGCGCCGUUACCACCCACUUUAGGCUCGUCAUUUCCUCUCCUCCCCGCCCGGAUCUCCGGGGCAGAACCGCACACCUCCGUCUUGGAGCCCAACCAAGCAGUCUGCCUUUCUUGCCCGGGCUGUAAGGCCUGUCCAUUCGGCGCCUGGAACUUCAGUCUUCGAAGAUUGCGAGCCCUGUGCAUUCUUUUUCCCGGAAGCUGCACAACUUGCUUUUAUAUCAUUGGCAUUUUUUCUUGUUGCUUGGUCUUGUGAACUCUCGCUCCCUUGGGAACGUAGUACAGUCCUUUUUCUUUCAUCUCUCUGUGUCGCUUUGAAUGUAUCAGGCUUCACUCAUUAGCUCAGUCCACAACCAUCCCUUGGUUUGAUUUUUUGCUAGUAUGUUGAUGUUUUCUCAGUUGGUAUUAAUAGAAACUUAAUGGUCUUGUGGGAUUUUCGUUAGGGUGAGAGAAAAUCUCUGUUGACAGCCGAGCAUGGAGCACUUGGUGUGUACCAGGCAUCCAUGUGUGUGCUGGGAAGAGAGUGGGUAAGGAGGUCGAUAGGAACCUCCCCAGCCUGGUGGAGAUUGACAGGUGACCAAGUAAUUAAUACCUUAUCGUUUUGUGCUGUAACCGGACCAAGUUCAGUUCCGUGGUCAACUGACGUGUUGAGCUACCAACAGCCUCGGAGGGCUCUGCAUUGCCACUCUUUGGACUGGCAAGGAUGAUGGGAUUUCUUCGGACAAUAAGAAAUGGAAGAGCAUUGCUCAUAAAGAAGCACGUGCCAACGCUCCAAACUUUGCUGUAUGUUGGAGGGGGAAGAGUUUAUGCUGGAAAGCCCAUUUGGAGUACAUCUCGAAGUUUUCUAGGAUCUCCAGAGUGAAACUAACUGUGGACAGGACUCUGACUUGGAGAGACCAUGGAACAGUAUACAACAAACAGCAAUAGUUCAACAGAGCAGAUUGUUGUGCAGGCUGGACAAAUUCAACAGCAGCAGCAGGGUGGUGUCACUGCUGUCCAGCUGCAGACUGAGGCCCAGGUGGCAUCUGCCUCAGGCCAGCAAGUCCAGACCCUCCAGGUAGUCCAGGGGCAGCCAUUAAUGGUACAGGUCAGUGGAGGUCAGUUAAUAACAUCGACUGGCCAACCCAUCAUGGUCCAGGCUGUUCCUGGUGGACAAGGUCAAACCAUCAUGCAAGUACCUGUGUCUGGGACACAGGGUUUGCAACAGAUACAGUUGGUCCCACCUGGGCAGAUCCAGAUCCAGGGUGGGCAGGCUGUGCAGGUUCAGGGUCAGCAGGGCCAGACCCAGCAGAUCAUCAUCCAGCAGCCCCAGACUGCUGUCACUGCUGGCCAGACACAGACACAGCAGCAGAUCGCUGUCCAGGGGCAGCAAGUGGCACAGACUGCUGAGGGACAGACCAUUGUCUAUCAGCCAGUCAAUGCAGAUGGCACCAUUCUCCAGCAAGUUACAGUCCCUGUUUCAGGCAUGAUCACCAUCCCUGCAGCCAGUUUGGCAGGAGCACAGAUUGUUCAGACGGGAGCCAACACCAACACAACCAGCAGUGGGCAAGGAACUGUCACGGUGACACUACCAGUGGCAGGCAAUGUGGUCAAUUCAGGAGGGAUGGUCAUGAUGGUACCUGGUGCUGGCUCUGUGCCUGCUAUCCAAAGAAUCCCUCUUCCUGGGGCAGAGAUGCUUGAAGAAGAGCCUCUCUAUGUGAAUGCCAAACAGUACCACCGUAUUCUUAAGAGGAGGCAAGCCCGGGCUAAAUUAGAGGCAGAAGGGAAAAUUCCAAAGGAAAGAAGGAAAUACCUGCAUGAGUCUCGGCACCGUCAUGCCAUGGCCCGGAAGCGUGGUGAAGGUGGACGAUUUUUCUCUCCAAAGGAAAAAGACAGUCCCCAUAUGCAGGAUCCAAAUCAAGCAGAUGAAGAGGCUAUGACACAGAUCAUCCGAGUGUCCUAACCCCAGGCCAUGUGAUGGAGCUGAUCAAGAUCAUGUUCCUCACACCGUUUCCCACCGUUCCAAGGAAACUGAUCAACUCUUCCGACGGGACACUGACGAUCACAUUCUGCCCUUUUCUACAGGACAGAAACCACUUAGUUUUUAAUAAGUGGUUCAGUAUUAUAAUUGCAGUGAUAUCUGGCAAAUUGAAGUUGCAAGCCUUUGUCUCGCCCUUUCAGUCAGGACUUCCUUCAGACUGUUGGUGACAUUGACAUUUCAUGGAUUGGGAUGAUGCAAGGGAGCCAUGCCAGCCUAGCAGUACCACACAUAGCACUUACGUUGCCUGGUGAUGCCAGCAAGCCGUCUCCGCAGAGGAGAAUGACCUUCUCAACCUAAACUGCAAUCAGGGAAGCUGCAGCCCACUCCUUUCCCAAGGAUUCUGAACAGCACCCGUCCCUCUGAUGGGGGAUCUCAGGCUGACUAAUGAACACUUUGUAUUCAGAGAUGGUUUCCAGGCAAGGAAGCUCCAUCUCAUGAUAUGGAAACAAUAAAUUCUCUGAGAUACAUUCAUCUAA